ACCAAGAAAUAAACAAGCUAUGCAUGUUUGGUGUUUAUCCGGACCGUAUCAAGAGCUUAGUAAAUGAGUCUGGAAAUCUGGAAAUCCGAAAUUCAACAGAGGUUCCACUAGCUGACAGUUUUCACGAAUCACGAUAACUAGUCGCUCAAGUGCAAAUGCCUGAUCAAACGGGAUCAAUGUUGCUGCAUCGAUACUACAGGAACGUUCACCAUGCACUCACAAAUGCAAAAUUGAGAGGCCUUCUGCUACUGAUUGCCUGCUCGGCAAUAGUGGUGCUUACUUACGCAUCUUGGACCUUUCACCUUUUUGGGGAGAAGCAACCUGUUGUUGCUGAUAUCCAAAAGAGGUCUGUGGAAGAAUUAAGGCAAGAUUUCAUGCCAUCAGACAAAUGGAGACAGAAGGAUCUUCAAAUGCACAAAUCCAGAAAGAAUACUGGAAACGUUAAAAAGGUAGGUGUGAAGCGGUAUAAACCAACGUGGGAAUCACUGGAUGCUCGACCUCUACCUUCCUGGUAUGAUGAGGCGAAAUUCGGCAUAUUUUUACACUGGGGCGUAUACUCUGUUCCUGCGUAUGUCUCAGAAUGGUUCUGGUAUUACUGGAAAGGACCAAAGCCGUGGAGCAAUGUAGAACGUUUCAUGCAGCAGAAUUACCCACCUGGAUUUAGUUAUGCUGAAUUUGGGCCCAAGUUUACAGCAGAGCUCUUCAACCCUGUUCAGUGGGCCAACAUAUUCAAUGCAUCUGGAGCUCAGUAUGUGGUGCUAACGAGCAAGCAUCACGAAGGAUGGACAAACUGGCCCUCCAACUACUCAUGGAACUGGAAUGCAAAGGACAAUGGCCCACACAGAGAUUUGGUCGGGGAGCUUGCUACCGCUGUUCGCUCACAUAGUCACAUCCACUUUGGACUUUACUAUUCCCUCUUCGAGUGGUUUCAUCCACUCUACUUAAAAGAUGCUGCGAGCAAAUAUAAAUCUCAAGAAUAUGUCGAGUCGGUAAGCUGGCCACAACUUCAUGAGAUUGUCAACACGUACCGACCAGAGGUAGUGUGGUCCGAUGGGUCUCCAGGACCAGUUGACUACUGGAAGAGUAAAGAGUUCCUUGCAUGGCUCUACAAUGAUAGCCCUGUCAAAGACAUUGUUGUGACUAACGACAGAUGGGGAACUGGAGCGCCAUGCAAACAUGGUGGUUACUACACCUGCCACGAUCGCUAUAACCCAGGGAGUUUGCAAAACCACAAAUGGGAAAACUGCAUGACCAUAGACAAACAUUCUUGGGGUUACCGCCGGGAUGCAAAGCUCGAGGACUACAUGACCAUUGAAGAGCUUAUCGAGAAUCUAGCUUCAACAGUGAGUUGUGGCGGAAACUUAUUGAUGAAUGUUGGACCGACACAUGAUGGACGAAUCAUGCCAGUAUUUGAGGAGAGAUUGCGUCAGAUGGGUCAGUGGUUAAACGUUAAUGGGGAUGCCAUCUACAAGACAAAACCGUGGACAUACCAGAAUGACACCGUCACAACAGGAGUUUGGUACACCUCUAAAAAAGACACCACAGGCGACAAUAAUGUCUAUGCAAUCGUUCUGAAAUGGCCAGAGAAUGGUAUACUGUCGCUCGGAGCUCCAUGGCCUACUGAGAUCACAAACGUCUCCAUGCUAGGCUUUAGUGGGGAUAUCAGCUGGUCUGGUUCUGUGUCUAAGCAGGGUUUGAAUGUCACAUUCCCAAAGGUCUCUUUUAAGCAAUUGCCAUCGAUGUGGGCUUGGGUGCUUAGGCUUCGAAGCCUACGCAACGGACGAUGAACAAUUGCAUGUCGUACUCGAACUCGUACUCCUUAUGCAAUGGUCUGGGCGGGAUCUGGGCUUUUAUUCUACCUAUGCUCUACUGACCAGGUGUAACUAUAUAUUAUCAAGAGCGUAUUAAGAAUUCAAUUCUUAAUACGCUCUUGAUAUUAUGUUUAUAUAUUUUUACUCACUCCUGAUUAUAUAUUAAAAAUAAGUCAAAAGAUGAGAAGAUUGUGCCUCCAGAUUGAGAGCACAUGGCUAACAGAUGGCACACUAGUAACUAUGUGCAUGAAACACUUGUAUUGUCUUGUCAAUAUUUUCUACGAUAACACUAACAGCGUCCGAUUCAGUUUGUUUUCAUAAAAAAUGCAAAAAAAGUAAUUCUGUUAUCAUUGUAUGACUGUAAUCCUUACGUAAUGCGACACCAGGGGGCGAUAGCAGUGUGUUAAAUAUGUCAGCCCCCAGCUGCAAAUAUUUAACAUGAUCUCUACUCGCAACCCA